UUUUUUUUUUUUGGUAUUUUUAACCAGACACAAUCCCAUUUUUUUUCUUACAUUCUCCAUCUUUUUCUCCUCCUUUCCAAUUUGUUCAACUUUCUUCAGAACUCUCUUGUUUCUUCAUUGGUUCUUAAUCAAGAUUGAUCAAGAUUCAAUCUUGGUAGAGGGUAACUGAAGAAGAGAGUGAAAGAUUCAAUUUUUUUUCCAUUCUUGAUUUAGGUUUUUUUCUGUAAUCAAGAUUCAAUCUUGGAGAGGAUUAAAGAUUCUAUUGUUUUUUUUUUCAUUCUUGAUUUGGGGUUUUUCAGUUAUCAAGAUUGAUAAGAUUCAAUCUUGAUUGAGGGUAACUGAAGAAGAGGGUUCAAAAAUAUUUUUCUUUUCCAUUCUUGAUUUGGGUUUUUUAGUAAUCAAGAAAAAGAAAUGGCAAUCACUGAUGAGAACAAACAUCCCUUGAUUAAGGCAUCUUCUGUUCAAGUGAAAGAUGGGGCUGAAAUGGCUACCAGAAAGGUUGUUGGAGUGGAAACAAGAAGCAACCGAAGGGUUUUGGGUGCGAUUAAUCAGAAUCUAGUGGGUGGUCAGGGGUAUCCUUGUGUUGUUAACAAGAGAGGAUUAUCUGAUGGAAAUGGAAUCUGUGACAAGAAUCUUCCUGUUCAUGGUCAUCGACCCAUCACGAGGAAAUAUGCAGCACAAAUUGCUAGCUCCCAGAAACACAGCUCAGAGGAAAACAAGAAACCUAAGAUAGCAGCAGAAAGUUUCAGCGUCUGGGAGGAUGAUAUGGAGGCAGCUAAUGAUAAGCCUGUCCCUAUGUCUUUGGAGCAAACAGAAAAAGUGUCAAAGGGCAAGGAUCAAAUGGAGGUUGAAAUGGAGGAUAUCUUUGAGGAGGCUGUAAUAGAUAUCGACGGUGAUGAUGCAAAGAAUCAUCUUGCAGCUGUUGAAUAUGUGGGAGAUUUGUUUGCUAACUACAGAACAAUGGAGGUUUAUAGCUGUGCUUCUCCAAACUAUAUGGCACAACAGGCUGACAUCAAUGAGAGAAUGCGGUCUAUCUUGAUUGACUGGCUAAUUGAGGUGCAUCACAAGUUUGAGCUCAGGGAAGAGACUUUGUUCCUGACCGUCAAUUUGAUUGACCGGUUCUUGGAGAAGCAAGGUAUUGUCAGAAAGAAGCUCCAGCUUGUUGGAUUGGUUGCAAUGCUACUAGCAUGCAAGUAUGAGGAGGUUUGUGCUCCACUGGUGGAGGAUCUGGUGUUGAUUUCGGACAAAGCCUAUACAAGGAAGGAGGUUCUUGAAAUGGAAAGCAUGAUGCUCAACACACUGCAGUUUAAUAUGUCUGUCCCAACUGCAUACGUUUUUAUGCGAAGAUAUCUCAAGGCUGCUCAAUGUGACAGGAAGCUUGAGCUGCUGUCCUUCAUGUUGGUUGAGCUUUGCCUUGUGGAGUAUGAAAUGCUCAAAUUUCCACCAUCCUUCAUAGCUGCUGCAGCAAUCUAUACAGCUCAGACCACACUCUACGGUGUCCAGCAGUGGAGCAAGACGUGCGAGGUGCACACAACGUACUCAGAAGAUCAACUUCUGGAGUGCUCGAGAUCAAUUGUUGGCUACCACCAGAAGGCAGCAACAGGGAAACUAACAGGGGUACAUAGGAAAUACAGCAUAUCGAAAUUUGGGUAUGCAGCCAAGUGUGAGCCUGCCCAUUUUCUUGUGCAGCAGACACAAGAAUAGAGGAGAAGAGGGGCAUGUACAGUUAUUACUAACUUUAUAUGCAAAUUGGGGAUAUAUAUUUGUGGGGUGAUGGAGAAUUUAUAGGAAAAGAUAACUUAGCAACUAUGGUUGCCCCGGGGGAUUUCAUUAUUUCUUUUUAUAGAGUUCGUUGUUGUUGCACUUUUACUAUGUUCAACAUUUGAACAUGCCUGAAUUUACUGUUUCAGUUACAGUUUUUCAUUUACAAACAGAAAUAAAAAGUCACAACUUUUCACAA